GGCGCGGUCCGCGUGAACUUCGGCCAUCUUGCUUUGGCGAGGUCGAGCUCUUUCAAACUAGGGUAGCUACAUUUACAUGGUCUGGCUAUAGACUGCUGAUUUAUAUAAUCAAUCACGCGCGAUUAGGUUGUACAGUACCUAAACAGCCUUUGCCACCUAAAACAAUUAGUGCGUGACGAUCGGACAUUGAAAAAACAAGCGUGGUAACAUUGCAGAGUGGAGUAAAACUUGGAGAAUCAUGGCCACUGCAACCCCAAGCCGCGCGGCGUCUGCUGGAACCCCGCUUUCACCGACUAGGAUCUCGCGCCUCCAGGAAAAACAAGAUCUACAGCACUUGAAUGAUAGGCUUGCGGUUUACAUCGACCGAGUCCGGUCACUAGAACUUGAAAAUGACCGGCUAAUGGUUAAGGUCUCCGAGAAGGAGGAAGUCACCACACGCGAGGUGACUGGGAUUAAGACUCUGUACGAGGCAGAGCUAGCGGAUGCGCGCCGUGUCUUGGAUGAGACGGCCAGGGAGAGGGCGAGGCUACAGAUAGACCUGGGGAAGGCUAACUCUGAGCUGGAGGAGGUGACCAGGAACCUGAAGAAGAAAGAUGGAGAUCUUGCUCUGGCCAUGACUCGUGCUAAGGACCUGGAGGCUCAGUUCAACAGGAGUGAAGCAGACCUGGCGUCUGCUCUCAGUGAGAACGGAAACCUGGCUGCCGAGGUGGCUGAUCUGAAGGCCCAGCUAGCCAAGGCUGAAGAUGCCCACGCGGUGGCUAAGAAGCAGCUGGAGGCUGAGACUCUGAUGCGGGUGGAUCUGGAGAAUCGCUGUCAAAGCUUGACAGAGGAGCUGCAGUUCAGGAAGAGCAUGUUUGAAGAGGAGGUGCGUGAGACGCGUCGUCGGCGUGAGAAGCGUACUGUGGAGGUGGACAGUGGAGUGUCCCAGGACUACACCUUCCAACUGGCCCAGGCUCUGCAGGACCUGCGCAGGCAGCAUGAGGAACAAGUUUCCAUCUACAAGGAAGAGCUGGGCAACACCUUCAGGGCCAAGCUGGAUAAUGCCAAGGUGUCAUCUGAACUGAAUGAUAAGGCAGUGAGUACUGCUCGUGAGGAGCUGCAGGAGGCUCACAUGAGGAUUGAGAGCCUGGCCUUUCAGCUCUCUGCCCUGCAGAAACAGGCAUCUGCCAAUGAGGAGCGUGUGCAUGAGCUGGAGGACAUAUUGGCGGGGGAGAGAGACAAGCACCGCAGGCAGAUAGACUCCAAGGAGCGGGAGAUGGCAGAGAUGAGGGACCGCAUGCAGCAGCAGCUCAAUGAGUACCAGGAGCUGCUGGAUGUCAAACUGGCCCUGGACAUGGAGAUCAACGCUUACAGGAAACUCCUGGAGGGAGAGGAGGACAGGCUAAAGCUGUCCCCUAGCCCAUCUAGCAGGGUGACUGUGUCCCGUGCCACAGGCAGCACUAGCUCCUCCCGCUCCACCCGAGCCAAGAGGAAGCGUAUGGAGCUGGAGGAGUUAUCACUGGUUGUACCUCAGGUCCACAUCAGCCAGGACGCAGAGGCUGUUGGCAUUGUCACUAUUGAGGAGACUGACCUAGACGGGAAGUGUGUUACCCUCAAGAACAACUCAGAUAAGGACCAAUCUCUUGGGAGUUGGAGGCUGCAGAGGCAGAUUGGCAAAGGAGAGGAGAUCGCCUUUAAAUUCUCCCCAAAGUUUGUCCUCAAGGCUGGUCAAACUGUUACAGUGUGGGGUGCGGACGCAGGAGUGUCUCACAGCCCUCCCUCUGACCUGCUCUGGAAGAGCCAAGCAUCUUGGGGCACUGGGGAUGACAUCAUCACCACCCUGGUCGAUUCCGAUGGAGAGGUGGUGGCUAAGAGAACUGUCACUAAAACAUUGAUGGAGGUGGAGAACGGAGAUGAUGAGGACGAAGACUUUGAGGAGGAGGAACUGAGAGGAACGAAGACCUCAUCCAGAGAAUGUUCAAUAAUGUAAAAGUCCCUCUUCCUCAAAUCUGCUUCUGUUUUUCUAGAGCCACUGAAAUAUUUUUGUAUACUUCUGUCUUGUGUUCUUUUAUCUAAUAUGACAAGAUGAGAGCCUGCCCAUAUUUUUAACAGACUCUGUUUUUAACAUCUGGGUAAUCCUGACAAAAUACCAUACUUUUUUAGAAUAUAUUGUUGGACUGAAUUCACUUAGUUAUAUCCCUACACCCCACCCUCUGAACUCAUGUUGAGUAUGUCUGUCACAGAGCACCAGGCUGGAAGAAUUUUGGAUUUUAAAGAAUGGGGACUUUGCCUUUAGGAUCCCUCAUUUGCCUCCAUUUUUGUAAGAACCGUGACUAGAACUCUAGAAUCUAGUAGGUGACCGGAGGACACUGGCAUUAGGCUUGCUGUUGUCUUGUCAAGUCAGAAAGGACUUUGUACACGUGGGAUAGGCUUUGACCCUAAAACACUGUCAUCUGUCAAGAUAAAGCUGGACCUAAACCGUAACCAGUUAUCAUUGGUUUUUAAGAAAUUUGUUUUAAAGAUAGCAUUGUAGUAUGUUUGGGUAAAAGUUUUUUACUAUGGCGGUAUUUGAAUCUAUUGGUCAUCCAAUGAACCUGUAGUAACCAGAGGUAGUUAGAGGGUAAAAAUGAGGAAUUCAGAGGGACAAUAGUUAGCCUGGAAUCCAUUCCACCCUGAGUUUGAUUUCUGGGGCCAACCAUAUGUAAUAAAUGUAUUCACGCUUUGGAUCAGUGUCUCCUAAAAGACAUAUUAUAUUCUGCUGAAACGGCACUCUGCAUUGUGGAUUCCAGGUUAGAGCACAGUGGCAGUGGAUGUGAUCGUUGGUCCCAUUAAUGUCUAGUAAAUUGUAACUGACAGCUGUUGCAUAGCUCAUGUACUCUCUUUAGACUGGCUUUGCAAAUAAGAGUGACAGGGUGGAAAUGCUAGGAUGUGUUUUACUGUAUGGAUUAAAAUAUUUGAAAGGCAAUAUUGCCUAGUCAAAAUCUUCAAAAAUGUUGUAUAAACAUUUUCAGGUAAUGAAAUCUAGUUAUGGACUUUGCUUUAUUUCACAAUUGUGCUUUUAGUUUUGAGAGAUUUGAUCUGGCCGUGAUACAGUCAAAGAUUAGGUAAAAUAGAAUAGGCACGCACGAUGCACAGCUUGUUUUUAAAAUGUCUUUAAAGACUGAACUAAACAAAUUAUCGUUUCCACCCUGUUGCCUGUUACUGAUGCUGUUGAAAUGAUAAGUCAUCACUUUUGUAUGUUUGAAAAUGAUGUUUCUCAGACACACUGCAUAAGAACUAAAGUGGGCAUAUUUAAAUAUGACAUUGUCAAUUGCAGGGAUUUUGGCCAAUCUAAAAUAAAAACGGAUUUACUUUUCUACCGUUUGCACCUACUGAAUGUACGGUUGUGAUUCUUAUGAGGUAGUCCAACUACAUCUAGUCAGCUUAAGAAGAUUGGCAGUCACGGCGGGUACCCAUUGUGUGGUAUUGUAACAGAACCUUACGCCAAUAUGGUUUGAAAUGUGGGGGGAUAAGUUCUGUUCCCAUCCCACAUGAAUACUAGUAGAUAGAAAGUCAAGAUGCCUCAUUUUUACAUGGCUAUAUGUACAGUGGUAUCUCAGUGGUGAGGUAGUUGGACUACACAAUUGAUGUUAACUCUUAACAUGGUGCUGAAAUUGAAAGGAAAUGCCAAUUGUAUUGGUUUAUUAUUGAUUUUCACUUCAUCAAUAAUAAUGACAAUAACAAAAGUUGCAAUGUCGCCUCGACUUUUAUAGUUUUAAUAUUGGCCUGGGAAACAGAAUUUUUGUAUGUCUUUGAAUGCAGUGCUUUGCAUUGUUUAAACUAUUAUUUUGAUACGGUAUUUGUAAUCAUUUUUUUUGGUUUUUUUUCUCCAAGUUCUCUAAGGUGAUUAAGUUAGGGUCUAAAUGACAGGGAUAUUUCUUUUGACUGAAUGUCAAUUCUCCAAAUCAUGUCUGUAGUAUAAAUGCUCAUCUGUGUCUUGCAUUCUUUGUCAUUUUCCAUAAUCACAUUUAUUCUGAAGACACAGAAAUGUAUAACAUUUCUUAUUCACUCAAGAUGGGUUGCUGGACAGGGUAUACAAAGCUUUUUGUUAAUCAUGAUUGAACUGUGAUGAAAAUGUACUAAUUAGGGUUGUCAAUAGUUACAACACCAAUGCUGAAAUCACUUACGCUUUUCAACUGGUGUCAGUUGUAGUUUCAUGCACUGUUGGUUUAAACACAUUACUGUUAGUUUACAGUAUUACUACUAAUAUUAAUCAAUUAUGUCAGACAGUAGGCAUUUAUAGUACUACCAACUUAUCAGGUUCUACCAAAUGUUACAGAUGUAGCAUGUUAAAUGUGAUACUACAGCUUCAGGCCAGUUUUCAGUGCUCUUUACAACAUUAUAUUCUGUGAUUUGUUACACCAGUUGAGAAGCUAAGAAUACUAUCAGUAGUAACAUUUACUGUAAUGGAACUAUGGUACACUUACACUGACUGAGAGGAAAUUCAGCAAUGCUGUGCAUUAAUCAUGGGGGAGAAGGUUUGAGUACUUUGAGCCAUGCAAGAAAUUGUGGAAAGGAAUUUAUAUUCAAGUCUUAUGUAGAGAUUAAACUAAAGCCUUAACUUCAUCACUCUAAGAGGACUUGUAGUUGUGGGAUGUAGCGAAGGGGCGCAUGCCAAAUGUUUGUCGUACUGCUAUGGAUUAUUACAUUUACAAUUGAAAUAUUUUGUUUUUUUGUAUACAUAAUAAAUGUUUUACAUAUGAAUCCCCUUA